AAAAUAUAAAAAGUGCAAUAAAAUAUUGUCAAAUAAAUUGUCAUGAGUGAUUUAAUUGGCAUGGACUUUCAAAGUGCAAUGGAAACUUUUGCGGAAGCAUGGGCAGCUGCCAACGCAGGAGUAGCUCAGAUAUUUAAAUAAAGGGAUUCUUAUAAUAAAUGUGUUCUUCAUCUUUUAGAACUCACGCAUUGUCAUUAGCAAAAUCAAAAUCACCAUCGCAAAAUGAACAAUCAGGUUCGCCAAUACAUCCAUCAAGCUCCGUACAUUCUGAACGUAGUUCAAGUAACAAACAAGAAAGCCCAAAAAAUAAUGUCAAUAUGAUGCAAAAUUCAACACAUUCUGUAUUAACAUCAAAUGUCACGGAAGACUCACAUCGAGAAGCAAAAGAGUCUAUUUAUGAUAGAUCAACACAACUAACUAGUAAAUUGGGGUUAAAUAUGAGCGAAACUUCUGACGGAAAUAUAGUUGCGAGAGAAAAUGGAUUAAUGAAUAAAUCAGUAUCAUCACCAAUCAUUGAUCAAAAAGAUUUUGAUAUUAAUAAAGUUCAUAACGCAAAGUCUUUACCAUUACAUUGUGUUGUGGAAUCAAUAGGAUCUAUGAAUGCAUCGAUUUUAAAUGAAGCAAGACAUCCUUGGAAACGUCGACCAAGCAUUGAAACAGACUCUUACGUAAUAAUACCAUCCCAAACACCAUUCAGCGAUAUUGUUACAACUGCUCUACAACGUUUAGGAUAUUCUAUCGAUAUAAUGAAUACGGCUCGUGGAUCUAUUAUUGUUAAAAAUUGGAAAGCUAUUGCUUUGGAAAAAAUUACUGACAAUCCAUUAGUUUCUGUAUUUGAUAUCUUAGGUGAAUUAAUAUCUGUAGUUACUUUGAAAAUAACAAUCAUCAGAUCAAAGCCUAGUCAACUAAUGGAGGUUAAAGACAAAUUGCUCAAAUUGUUAAUUUUGCAAUCACAUGCAGUUUUGCGAAGCAGUGGAUGUCCUUUGGAUGAGAUUACACUAUCGCAAAUAUGUCGCAGUCCAAUUCACAGUUCAUUUCCGUUCAAUCAAGAAAUUUCUGAAGAAUUGAAAAGAAAAUUUGAUCAAUGGUGGGGUAAUCAACUAACUCCACAGAGUAAUCCUAUAUCACAUAAAAUAUUGCCAUUUUCAAAUCCAAACCAGACAACGGAGCUCGAUUUCGUUAAUUCAGGAACGCAUAGCAGAGAUGUUGAUAAUCGACAUCCAGCUUCACUUAUUGUUCAUCCAGCACUGCAAACGGUACACUCACAGUAUCCAAAUCAAAAAACCCGUAUGCGUACGAGUUUUGAUCCUGAAAUGGAGUUGCCGAAAUUACAAAGAUGGUUUCAGGAAAACCCUCAUCCAAGCCGACAACAAAUUCAAUCAUAUGUUGUCCAAUUAAAUGCUUUAGAGUCUCGAAGAGGCAGAAAACCUUUGGAUGUGAAUAAUGUAGUAUACUGGUUUAAGAAUGCAAGAGCUGCACAAAAGCGCGCUGAAAUGCGAGGUCAAAGCGGGAUUUUAAACGGAUUUUCGCCUAGUGCUAUGAUGUUACAACAAUCUGAAUAUAAUAUAAAGAGCAGUCCGAGUAAUCCUCCAAGUGAAGAUAUAGAUGCGAUAUCACAACAUUCUGAUGAUGAAGUGGAUGAUUCAGAAAGAGCUGGAUCACCCCAGCUUCCGCUUUCCUUAACAAUGCACGAACGUCAUCGUAGUCCCAUAUCAAAUAUAUCGGUAAAACGAGAAGAAACUAUUAGUCCUAAUGUUGACGAUGCCACGAAAGUUGAAAGCAAGAAUAACAACAACAACGGAUCAACAUGUGAUCGUUCUCCGGAACUUAAUGAUGAUGAAGAUUCACUUUCUAAAAAUGACCGUCCUUUGUCACCGUCUGCUCGUUCUAUACAAUCCGAUGACUUAGAUGUCGAUGAUCAGGACCACCACAAUCUUGAUGACUUUCGUACCCCAUCUCCCGAUUCCAGUCGUCGUAACCUUUCAUUUCCUUUGGUUGGAAACUCGGUGUUUUCCCAAUCGAUUAUGUACAUGAGUCAUUAUAUGCCACAAAUUCCAGGAUCACAUCACCAAAAUGGUCCACCAGCUGGAAUAGGCUCUGUCGGUAUAAAUCUGUCAAAUUCGUUUUCAAAUGAUGAACGACGUAAACGUAACCGCACGUUCAUCGAUCCAGUUACAGAGGUACCCAAGCUGGAACAAUGGUUUUCAAUGAAUACCCAUCCGUCACACAAUCUUAUACUUAAAUAUACAGAAGACUUGAAUCGAAUGCCAUACAGACAAAAAUUUCCUCGCUUGGAAAGCAAGAAUGUACAAUUUUGGUUCAAAAAUCGGCGCGCAAAGUGUAAACGUUUGAAAAUGUCUUUAUACGAUUCAUCACAACUAUCAGGAUUGAAUCCAUUUCAUCAUUCAGAACGAGAGUGAUCAAAAUAUCAUGGAUGUUUCAUUUAUUAAAAAAUAAAAAGAUUUUGUUAUAUGAGAUUGAAUGACAGUUUCUUUUUAAACUGAUACA